CCAGCCGGUGACUUGUGUCUCAUUUCCGCUGUAAACAAACCCACUAUCUCCUGUUUGGGCGUUUUGCAGAAACACGCCGGCUUUUCGAGCUGUCUAAUCGCGACUCUGCGGUGCGCAAACGGAGCAAUGGAGAGGCCGCAGUUCGGUAGUUCGAUUCCGCGGAGAGUCCUCUGACAGCCGCACCAUGAUCCCGGUGUCCCUGCUGGUGUUCGUGAUGGCAGGCUGGUGUGCUGUCUACCUGGCCGACACGCUUCUCAGGUCAUCUGCCUUGCACCGGAUCAACUACGAGUCGUGGCUGGCCAGCCGAGGGUUGAUGUUGUCUCCUUUUCACGUGAGAUGGCAGACCACCAUGUUUAACCGGCUGUUUGCUUACUGCGCCCGCAUCAACGCCCGAGCCCUCUACCUUUGGUUCAGCAGUGGUCUAGUGUUUGGUGUGGCGGCCAUGUUGGGAUCGGUGGUGCUGCUGGUGAAGACGCUGCAGCAGACCUAUGCCCAGAUGACCACAGACAACCCACGGAUUGGUGGGCAGCAGACCCUGCAGGUGGUGGUACCGGGUGUGAACCUGCCCACCAGUCAGCUGGCCUACUUCUUCAUCGCUCUGCUGCUCAGCGGCGUCAUCCAUGAGCUGGGUCACGCUGUGGCCGCGCUGAGGGAGUCUGUGAGAGUGAACGGCUUCGGCAUGUUCGUCUUCGUCGUUUAUCCUGGGGCGUUUGUGGAUCUCUUCACCACGCACCUCAACCUCAUCUCUCCUGCUCAGCAGCUCAGAAUAUUCUGUGCAGGAGUUUGGCAUAACUUUGUUUUGUGCGUGGCGGCGCUGGCUCUCCUCUUCCUGCUGCCGGUCCUCCUGUUUCCUGUCUAUGCCACCGGGGUCGGCGCUAUGGUUACCGAGGUCGUGCCGGGUUCUGCGGCAGAAGGCCCCCGGGGUCUGUCGGUCGGGGAUCUGGUGACGCGCCUGGAGGACUGCCCCGUCCGGGGGGUGGAGGACUGGGCCGCCUGCCUGUUCCAGCUGUCCCGCGGCCCGCAGACCGGGUACUGCGUCCCGGCGGCCGGCCUGCAGCCCAGCUGGGCUCACGGCAGACCUUUCAAGCGUCUGGACGGGACGAUGGACUGCUGCAGUAACAACAGCCUGACAGACCUCUGCUUCUCCUACAUCAAACCACAAGGCAGGAACAGCAGGGAGAGAGAGUUCGCCUGCAUGCCGGUAAGGAAGAUGGUGACGGGAACGGCGACGUGUCGCUCCGACAACGAUUGUGGCGUGAACUCGGCCAGCGUCUGCGUCACCCCGUCUCUCGAGAACCAGACCCGCUUCAUCCGCGUGGCUCACCCGCCCAGCCCACACAUGCUGUUCGUAGGUUUUCCGCCGCACCUGCAGUACGCCGUGAGUCUGACCAACUUCGUGCCCCGCUUCGGGUUCCUCCACCUGGACCUGCCCGUCUUCAUGGAGACCUUCCUAAAGUACGUGGUGUCCCUCUCCGGCGCGCUGGCCGUCGUUAACUCCGUGCCCUGCUUCGCCCUGGACGGACAGUGGAUGCUCAACGCCCUGCUGGAGGCCACGCUGGUUACCGUGGUAACUGACCGCCAGAAGCGCGAGCUGAUCGGUUUCUUCCUGCUGCUAGCCGGCAGCGCCUUGCUAGCAGCUAACGUGGCGCUCGGCCUGUGGAUGGUAACGGCGCGGUAGCGGCAGGUUCGGUGAACGAAGGGAGGUCCAUCUCCAGUCCGGGACGAGCUGCUGACCACAAACUGUGAAGCUGCUGCGAAUAGGCGACGACGCCGCGGCAGCGCCGCCACUUUACGCUGACUGUUUUCCCUCCAUCGGCCUUUCAGCCGUUACGACCAAUGAAGACUUCUUCUCCUUCCACCACCGUGCUUAGGUAAGCUACGGAAGAGGAAUAGGACCACAACACACAAUUUAAUCUCAGAAUUUACGCUUUUUUCCUAAGAAUUUUAUCUUUAAUUCCUCAAUUCCUUCAUAUUUUUGACUUUAAUUACCAAAUUUAGACCCAGAAUUCUGAUCAUUUUUCUCUAAAUCCAACUUUUUCUCUGAAUUUCUUUUUUUUCAAAUUCCAACUAUAAUGGUCAAAUUCUGACUUCCAAUUCUGUUUCUCUGAAUUCAACUUUUUAUGUCUGAAUUAAAUUGUAUCCCAUAUUUCAACUUCAAUUGUCAAAUUCUGACUUUCUUUGAGAGAUUUCUAAUAAUUUUUCUCUGAAUUCCAACAGUUUUCUCUGAAUUUCAAAUUUUGUCCUCUGAAUUCUGACUUAAAUUUCUGAAUUCUGACCUAAUUCAGUUUUUUUCCUCCAAACAUGUUUUUCAUCUGAAUUUUUUAUGUCUCCAAAUUUGAAGUGUAAUUGUAUAAUUCUGACCCUUUUUACCCUCAGAAUUCCAAUAAUGUUUCUUUGAAUUCCAACUUUUUUCUCUGAAUCUUUUUUUUUUCUGCAAAUUUCAACCUUAAUUGCCAAAUUCUAACUUUUUCUUCAGAUUUACAACUUUUCUCGUCUGAAGUUCAAUUUGUUUUCUUGUGAAUUUCAAAUUUAAUUGCUGAUUUCUGACAUAUUUGUCAGAAUUCUGACUUUCAUGUAUGUGGGCCCCUGUCUUCAAUGACACAUGUGAUUUCUGCAUUAUGAGAACUAACUUUUUGGAGGAUCACGUGUAAAAAAAAAAAAAGAAAAAGAAAAAGAAAGAAAAUUACUUUAAUUCAAAGAGGCUGGUUAAAAUCUGAUUUCUUUUUCAUUUGGUCAAAUCUUACACAUGUAAAGAAGAUGGGAUGCUUCCUGUAAUGUGCUUUUCCAACUGAAUGUUUACAAGAGCAGAUUUUUGCAUUUUAAAAAUUGUGGUGUUUGAAUUUGGAUUUAAAUGUUAUCCAAAAAUCCCAAACUGUGUUUUUGCUGUGAAACAGAAGAAUUAAGUUGUUCUAAAUGGUAUUCUCAGUUUCUGUUUUGGUGAAUUCACAGCAGUAUCAUGAUCUACAUUAUGACUGGUGGAGAAAUUGCACUAUCAAUUACUCUUUAAGAAAACAUUUGGGUUAUUAUAAUUACCUGAGUGGACCUCUGUCUAUCUCGAGAUGUAAACGAGAGUACUGUACAGAUCAACUGUCUUUCUCUCCUUCAGGCAUUCAUGCAGGAAAAAAGCCUUCUGUGUUCACUGUGUUCUGACUUUUCCUGAGGUUUCUCUGUUUCCUUCUGACCUCUCACUGUUCACAGUCUGGUUGUAAAAGUUAAUUGUGUCAAAAAUGUGAAAUAAAACAUUUUCUUUUUGUUUUUUGUAA